AUGCGACACGACAGGGGCGCAAACCCGACCAGUAUAAGAAGCCAGCAGCGGCAGCACGACGACAGCAGCACACAAACCACCGCAUCCGAGACAUCACAGCAUCAUCACAGCACCACAGUCAACCCAAACAUCGCCAGAUUCACACAGCUCGUCAAGAUGAAGACGUUUGCCGCUGCCGUUGCGUCCCUCUGCGCCCUCAUGAGCUUUGCCGCCGCGGAUGCCAACGAAACGGCGCUCCCGUUCCACAAGAUCACCAACGACAAGUUGCUCGCGCUCAAGGGCAAGGGCGCCAUCUACUGCCGAGCGCCCCAGGCCCCCGACACGGCUUACACCAUCUGCGCCAGGCUUCCAGGCUCUCCGGACAACGUAUGGACUUGACACCGCUUCGUUCCUCCUGCUAUAAGAUCUGACCCCGCGGACGCAGAAUCUCUUCGAGGUGGCCACCUGGUGCGGCGCGGACUUGAAGGGCUGCGACGAUUGCUACGAGGCCGACGACGAGGACGCCACGAGCAAGAUGCGCGAGUACAUCUGCCACAUCAUCCCUAAGACGAAGCAGUAAGUCGGCUUGCCAGGCCGGCGUCUUCGGCCAUAAGGCAGCACGACGCCGGGGACCGGUCGGGACGGGAUCCCGAGGAUAUACAUGCAGACGGCAAGGUCGGGCACCAGGCUGCCUCUAGCGCCAUAAGACAAGACAUGCCGGCUAUAAUAGCCGCUAGCAUCGCCCGCAACGGG